CUGUAAAAAAAGUGAAUUAAUUUUAAGUUGUGACCCUUUUUCCCUUAAAUUUCCCCAUUAAAAUGGCCCCCAAACGAUCCUUCUACCGUGUCGGUGACGCAAUUUGUGACGAGCUACUUGGAUUGCUGGAAAUGUUCGCCAAUAAAACGCUGGCCAAGCAGGAAAAGUUCCGGCUCGGGGUUUCCGGUGGUUCGCUGGCAGAUAUUCUGUGCGAGGGUAUGUCCGAUCUGCGGUCCGAUUUCAGCAAAUGGGAAAUCUUCUUCUGUGACGAACGUAUCGUACCGGCGGCGGAUAAGGAAUCGACGUUUGGUAUCUUCAAACGCAAUCUGCUGGAGCGAUACGAUAAUGUCCCGGAGAGUGCCUUCUUUCCGGUAAAUUGCACACUGGACGUGGCAGAGGCGGCCCUAGAUUAUGAGCGAACGAUUCGCAAAACGUUCGGAUUGUCCGAAUCGUCGGAAGAGGUUCCGUCCUUUGAUCUGCUGAUUCUCGGUAUCGGACCGGAUGGUCAUACGGCGUCACUCUUUCCCGGACAUCCGCUGUUGAGCGAGAAGAAAAAGCUGAUCGCACCGAUCGCCGACUCACCGAAGCCUCCACCGAAGCGUGUCACUAUGACAUUGCCCUUGAUCAACGCCGCCAAGGCGUGUCUGUUCGGUGCGCAAGGUGGCGGAAAGGCGGAAAUCUUGAAGAAAAUCAUCGUCGACCGGGACCAAUCGCUGCCGGCCUCACUGGUAGAACCGGCCAAUGGGGAGCUUAUCUUUGUGGCCUGCGACGCAGCGGCAGCCCUUAUCGAGGGAGAUCCCUUCCGAGCUUGAUGAAUAUGGUCCUUCGUGUUAUCGAUAGUACCUGUAAUCACCAUCACAUCGGGGCCUUCGAGUGUUUGGCAGCACAAAUGGAGUGUUUUAUUAACGGGGAGCAACCAUAACAUUCGC